AUGUCAAACAACAACAACAAUUCAGAAUGCAAGUGCUCUAAAUGCUCUUCCAAUAGCAUGGGAUUUGUUUUGGUGUCUACCCAAACACUCAGAAGACAUGCACAACAGGAUAUCGUGAGACAAUAUCAGUCAGGAUCUUCUUCCUCAGUUAUAGAAGUAAUGUCGAAUGACAAUGACAUGGAGAUUGACUUUGAAGACAAUGUUGAUGCCGAAGAUCAAGUUGAAGCCGAAGACUUACCUCUUUUUGACAUUGAUUCCUUGUUUGAUUCUGAAAGCGAAGAUGAGGGUGUCAUUGAAGCAACCAUUUUGGAUAUUUCUGACGAUGAAUCUGAUGAUGUUAGAGAGCACUUUUCUUCAUCCAAUAUGCCAGUCGAUCCUACUCAUGCUUUCAUUGCUUCUUUUGCUGCCUUCUUCAUAUCCAAAUAUGUUGUCAAUUCUGGUGGUGCUGUUCCGUUAAAGUUUCUUAACGAAGUAUUGGCACACUUUGGACAGUCUUUCCGUCUUCCCCUCAGUAUAAACGGUGUCAACUCUAUGACCGGUCUCAGCGACGUGACUCGAGGUGUCCAGCGGUUUGUUGCAUGUGGCGAUUGUAACAAAGUAUACGAAGAGUCCGAUGUUGUUCCAGAGUGCUGUAAUUUCGAGAGACUCUCUGGUAUAGAAUGUGGAAACGCUCUUUUCUUUGCAACAUCAAGAGCCUUGACUAUCCCCAAAAAGAUCUACAUCAGUGAUGCACAGAGAAAGAGAUUGGAGAGGGAAAAUGGUGUCCGAUGGUCAGAAUUGCAUGACCUGGUUUACUUUAACCUCGUGGAGUGCACUGUCAUCGAUCCGAUGCACAACCUGUACCUCGGAACAGCAAAGAGGAUAAUGGAGAAAUGGAGAUCUUCAGGUCUCAUCACAGAUGCACACUUGGCCGAAAUGCAGUUGGAUGCUGACAAGCUUGUACUGCCAGAGGACUACACGCCAUUAGGGACAAAGAUCGGGCGUGGCUUCCCAUUCAUGAAGGCCGACGAGUGGAAGUCUUGGUGCUUGGUGUACUCUCCUGUUCUCCUGCGUGGUCGUCUACCUGAAGCUCAUAUCGGUAACUGGACAACGUUUGUCAAUGCAUGCCAGUACCUCUCAAUGCCAAGCAUAUCCAUGGCUCACCUUGAUGAAGCCCAUCAAUCUUUGGAGGCUUUCUGCAGAGAGUGCGAGAAGUUGUAUAAAGCCCCAUUCCUUUCGCCAAACAUGCAUCUCCAUCUUCAUCUGCGAGAGACUGUACUGAACUUUGGCCCGGUUUAUGGCUAUUGGCUUUUUAGUUUCGAAAGAUGCAAUGGUAUCUUGAAAAACUAUGCGACAAAUAGAAAAGACGGGUUUGAGGGAACCUAUAUGAAGAAGUAUCUUGAAGAAGCAUACCAGGGAGAUCUUAUUCGCCAAACUUUGCCAAUAAUUCGACCUGAGCAUUCGGCGAUUAUCCUUGAGCUCACUGCAUCCACUGCCAAUUCCAUAGCCACUUCCACUUCCACUGCCACCUCAAUCCCAUUCGAUAUCAAUGCUUUUCUUGAUUCUCCUGAGAUCAACUUUGAUAUCGUCAAGGGAAACGAGCCUUUGCCCCCUUCCGCACUUCCUUUAGCUCUAAAGGGGGAGAUUUCCAUGGAUGAAUCCGAGUAUAAGCAUUUGUUGGAAUACUAUCGCGAGACAUACGAUGAUCAAACUCUUGUUCAUUAUCGUCAGGCUGGUCAUUCCGAUGAUUUUGUUAACAAUCGGAUACAGAAGUUUGAAUCAAUCAAUCUUCUUGGGCAAAUCUACAAGAGCAAAACGAAGAAUCAGCGCGGGUCGUUCAUGCAAGCCUUGUUUGAGACAAGUGAUGGUAGAAGUACCAAGCCAUACGCGGGCCAAAUUCAGUACCUCUUUGUCAAUACUGCUGUAAACUCGUUUGCUGGUCAUGCGAGCCAGCAUGUAUUUGCAUAUGUACGAUGGUACAAGGAAGUUUUACUUCAGCCCAGAGCAGGAGAAGGAGUUGAGGUGAAUGAGGUGGGGUUCGAAGAUGACAGCAUGAACAGCAUUCUCCCAGUGAAUAGAAUCUGCUAUCCAGUCGCAGUAGGCGAGCACCUUGGUCUAGAAGGCGAAGUUCAGAUGUGUGUAGUUCCUUUGCCACGAAAAAUAUAUAUUUAG